AUGGAUGUGACGUCAUUAGAAUUCCUGGAUCCCUCCGGACUCAGCGAUAUUGAGACAAACUUGAAGGAAAGAAUACAGAAAAAUGAAAAUUUGUUGGAAAGAAAAAGCAAACAUCCGAAGAGGUCAAUUAAUAUAUUUUCAGAACUUGAGGAAUUCAGGCCCUCUGUGUUUGAGAGGGAAAUGGAGAAUUUGAAACCGUGUAUUGAAGAAACAUCGAAAUAUUUAGCUGACAUUGACAGAAAACAAGCAGAUUUACGACGAAAAUUUAAUUCAACACAUCACCUUGUUAAGAAACAGGAAGUGAGAAAGAAAAAGAAACUUUCCCUAGAUGAAGAAACAUCUGUAAGCUAUCCUAUUGAACUUAUUGAGAAAGAAGAAGCAGUACGAGUCUGUUUGGGUAAAUGUCUUCGACAGAUCCAAAUUGAACGUGUUGAUGAUAUCAAUCCUGGUGAUCAUUUAGUGUAUCAACGCCCAGGAUAUCAACAUCAUGCUAUUGUUGUGAAUAUAAAGAAAGUUGACGACAUAACUGCUGAUAUUACUGUGAUUCACAAAAGUGGCGAUGGUUUGGACGUGGUCCAAGGAUUAAUUAGAUACGUAUUGACGAUUGGACAAAGUAGUCCUAAAGGACGACUAAAAGAAGAAACCUUUGAAAGUGUUAAUGUCACAAAGUCUUGUCUGUUUAUUGUUAAGUACAAAACCAAUCCUUAUUCCCCUGAUCAAAUCAUUAAGAGAGCACGUGAGCAAUUGGACAAAUCGAAAUCUUCGGAAUACAAUUUAGCCAAUAACAAUUGUGAACACAUUGUUACUUGGUGUGUUACUGGGGAGUGGUAUAGUGACCAGAUAAACAGUUUAUGGAUCAAUGUUAUGAAUAAGUUCAAGCCUUUCUGUGAAGACACCGCUUCCCUUGAAAAGGUAGAAGAUAUGAGGCGAUGUGAGCUUAUUUGUGACGAAUGUUAUCUCAAAUGUAAAACAAAGAAAACAGAUUAAACAUUUCAAUCGUCUCAUUUGCUUUAAUAAAUAUAUUAGUGUAAAGUGUGUAAAUUGUUCUCUAUAUCAAAUCUAAGAAUAAAAAUAGAGUGAAAUA